UAUGUGCGCUUGCUUGUGUUCAUUUCUCCUAGUGAGCACAGCUCUAAAAAUACCCUCAUGCCCUUGUAGUGAUGAUGAUGGGUGUUACCAACAGGAUGCUGAGACUAUAACCUCAAAGUCAGAGGUCUCCAGAUGCAUUGCUCCUUAGAUCCUUGACUGGGAAAUAAAGCAGCAGCAGGAAGGCCAAAGGUCACAGUCCAACAGCAUACAGAAUUUGAUAUGGAUACUUUGUCCACGUGCUGUGUGGAGGGACCCAGUAGUCUGAGAAGCGGAGAGGAAGGCAAAGACGAAGAAGAAAAGGAAGGCGAGGAGGAGGAGGAGAAGGAAGAGGAGAAGGAAGAUGGGGGUGAAGAAGAUAUUGAGGGGAAAAAAGAUGAGUCAGCCGACCAGAAGCUACAAAGACCGGCCUGGGUUCCGUGUUUUUUCUACAAAGCAGAUAAAGAGGUGUACAAUUACGUGGGCCAGGAGAUCAUCAUCAGGUGCGGUCUUGACUCGUAUGCAGGCAUGAUAUGGCCAGCAGCUCUGGCUCUCUGUCACUACCUGGACACCCAUCGCGAACAGUUGAGUCUCAUGGACAAGGCGGUCCUGGAGAUUGGGGCAGGAACUGGCCUCCUGUCUGUUGUAGCAACACUCCUCGGGGCCUGGGUGACAGCCACAGACCUUCCAGAGGUCCUAAGCAACCUGAGCGCCAACCUUAACAGGAACACCAGGGGCCACUGCAGAUACACACCCCAAGUGGCAAGUCUGCCCUGGGGUGACGGCCUGGAGCGCUGCUACCCUACAUCGGUCUACCGAUACGACUACGUGCUGGCAGCUGAUGUGGUCUACCAUCACGAUUUCCUGGAUGAGCUCCUGGUCACCAUGAAGCAUUUCUGCAAACCAGGAACCACUUUGAUCUGGGCCAACAAGGUGAGGUAUGAGACAGAUCUGACUUUCAUGGAGAAAUUUAAAAAGGCUUUCAACACAAGUAUACUGGCUGAAGACGAUGAAAUGAAGAUCUUCAUGGCAACGUGUAGAGUGUGAGAGACGGAAAAGAUAUGGAUGGAUUACUCAAUGGCCCCUACAGGCCCAGGGACUCCUGAGUCAGAGCCUCUGUUUAACGUUAUUCACAUUACUCUUUGGAAAGUCAAAGAGCGAGCAUCUGCCACCACUAAGUUUUGCAUUUGUUGUUUAUUUUUCACA